AUGAUAACGAUACGGCUCGUCUGCUAUCUUUUAUAUAUUUCAAAUCUAUGUGCUUCAGCAUAUUUGCAACCGUUACGAAGGCGAGGUAGUCUAUUAGAGCCACCUCAUAUGGCCAAAAUUGGACCACCAGAUAUACGUGGAUCUCGAAAAAAUAAUGAGGGCAUGAAUUUAUUUGGAGGACCUCCUCCGUCACCUCAUGGAUUGGAACCACCACCACCACCACCACCACCAGGAGGAGGGAAACCUGGUGCUGGUCCGAAGCACGAGGUCGGCCAAAUAGCUAAUAGUGGGAGUAAUAAAAACAACAACAAUUACAAUGAUAAUAAUAGUAACAAUAAUGACAACUCUACUAUAAAUAGUUCGGUGAACCCGGUGGUUGGAAAUACACAUUCUAAAAAGACUCAUAUAUACUACUCACCUCAAUUUCCGAUAGAUUAUUUAGGUUAUAAAAACGGUUCAAGGUCAAAACGGAAAACUUUUAACCAUGGUCCACAAAAGAAAAAAAAUCCUCAUAAUCAUAGACAUCAUCAUAAUGAUACAAUUUUAUUGUCCAAAUAUAUAGUGGAUAAUAUUUUAGAACCAUAUUCCAAUUAUUGCUAUGCACAUUUAUUAUCUAGUGGUUAUUUGAAUUUGAUAUUUAGGAAUAAUUUGACUUCACCACUUUAUAUUAAAAACAUUUCAUUGAGUACACCAACACUUCUAAUCAGAUGUAAUGAUACAUUUUUCAACUCUACCACUAAUGUAACCUAUGAUGCAUUAGCUUCAAAUUUUUCUAGCCCAGCCUCUGAUUUUUUAAGAAACAUAGCAUUAGACUUAGAUUAUAAAAUAAGUUUAACCCCGAAUUCUACUAAGAAACAUCGUAAUAGACACCAUUUAAAACAAACAAUUCCUAGUCAACAAAAGAGAGUUAUUAAUAAUACCGACCGAUUCUUAUUCAAGACAUCCUUUAACCAUAGUUUGGUAAUGAUUUUAUUCUUACAAACUACCUCUUGUGUUAGUUCAUAUAUGAUUUUAUUAGUCAUUUUAUUAUUACCUUCUGAUAGCCGUAUUAGAACCAUACCUGUAACACUAUAUGUGCUUCUGUAUGUCAUUAUUCAAACAAUAUACAUGCACGUAACCAUUAAUAAUGUGUUCAUCCCACAAUAUAACUUAAACAUUCAAGAUGUAGUAUUCUAUGAGAUGAAGAUUUUAAAUUCCAAUGGAUAUAAAUGUUGUGAAUUACUAAUCCAUCUAGCAGGUCAUAUUAAUUGGAUUUACAUUGUUUACUAUAUGUUCCAUAAAGAUGAUAAAUAUUACCGCAGAAAUACCAUCAUUAUGAAAACUAACUCUCCUUCCAACUUUAAUGCCACAUAUAACGAAAAAGAUGGUACUACAACGAACAUGUCUGAUGAUUCAUUGGAGGAACAUGACACUUUUUAUUCAUGGCUUCCUUCUUUCUUAAACAAUAGAAAUAGGUUCAUUAUUUCUGCUGGCAUUAUUUUACUGUUACUGGGUAAUAUACCCUUUGGGAUUUUAUUAUGGGUGAAAAAUCUAUCUGGUGUAAGAGCUCUGUACAAAACUGUUGAAUGUUUAAUAUACUCAGUUUUCCUAUGUUUGACUUUUAUCUAUAUUUGGUGCAAUUUUGGUAAUGUACUAAUAAGACAAAGAGUGAAAAGAAAGGUCAAACUUACACUAAGGAAUAAGGUCAAAGUUUUAUGGAGGGAUUAUUACAAAAUGAUACCGAUUUUGAUUUACAAUAUCGUGUCAUUCAUCUUAACAUAUUUUUGCACCAUUUACUUCACUACUAAAAAUGUUCAUUUAUCAAGAUGGAGAUUUAACUUUGUUUACCUUUUGAACCUUUUAAUCACAGUGAAUGUUUGGGGUCUAAUUGGAUCUUUUGAGAAAAGAGAAAUUGCGUUAAACAAAAAUACAAUUCUGGGGAGAAAAAUAGACAAUGCAGACCCAUUUUUCUUUGAUUUUUCCAAUGAAAUGAGUGUAAUUUCAUCAACUCUCCCAAGAAGAUCUAGAGACUCAUUUGCGUCUGAUGCAACUUCGUUGAUCGAUAAGAACCGCCCAAACCAAGCCCUGCCUAAUAACAAUAAAAUACAAAAACCAAUUAGAUUAAAAUAUCCAUUUUCUACUUGGAAAUCUAAAAUUAACAGAUUGAAAGACAACAGAGUAAGGAGUAAGAAAACACUACGAAAACAUGAAACUGAAAAGAGACAUUCCAUCAGAGACGCAAUCAAAUGUUUUAACCACAAACUAACGGUCUCCACGGAUGGUUUAAAGCAACCAUCUAAUGAGCUUUUGCCUAUAGCUAAAGGUAAUUCGGGAGGGAAAACGGAUACAGUUCGAGAUGGUAUUACUAGUUUUAGUACAUCCUACGAAGAUGGUGAGGACACACAAUCUAUAGAGACCGAAUUAACACGAAAUGUAAUUUAUUAUUACGACCAAAAUGUGAGCUCAAACAGCAUGUUUUCCAGAACACGAUCAAAUAGUCAUGUUCAUAUGGAUUAA